AUGUACGAAGGGAUUGACAACCUGAAAUCUCUUUACGACCGUGCCGGGAAGACUUUCUCCAGCGGUCCUUCUGCGGCACAGGAUGUGCCGCGUCGUACUGCUCAACCAGACCCAGUACGUCAAUCAUCAGUUGGGAGCGGGGCUCCCAAGUAUCCCAGCACGGGGGAUAGCCGUGCCACCGGACGAGAGAAAUCGUCCGACGUCCGUUCACGUCGCGGUGGUUCAACAGCUGCUCAACUAGAUAGCGCUGGCCACCGCGAGAGUCCUCUAAUGGAGGUGGAUGAGGAGGGAAGACGCUCUCCACACGAUCGUGGGGAUGCGUGUGUUCCGGAGAGCUUCUUUGAUCGCGUAACGCAAGGGUUACGCGGCGAUCUCGAACAUGAGCGGGACAGGCGUCUCCAACUGGCGGACGCUGUCUCGAAGAAUCGAGCUGAUUUUGCCUUUGCUCAGCUUGAGAACGAGAGAGCUCUGACAUCUCUUCGUGACGAGCUAAGGGUAGCUCGUGGGAUUGUUGAUCGGUCUCGGGAUGAGAUAACUACUCUCCAGACCCUUGUCGAUGCCCAUCAUCGGGAGCACAAGGCUCUCUGA